ACAUUUAUUUUUUACAAUUUAUUUUUUAUUCCAUUUCAUUUUACGGCCACAGCAAUGCAGAAAAACCAAGACGUACUGCUGAAAUAGCACUUUUUUCAUAUGUUAAGACAUCUCAGGGAUUAAAUGUGUAGUUAAACUUCUUUACACAGAAAUUGGGCUGUAUGUGGCCCACAAUGUAAAAUUCCCUUCUCCAAAACGAACAAGUAGAUGUAGGGUGUAGGGUAAACGUUUUUCCUUUAAUUUGUCACCCCGCAGUAGUUGCGCUUGCAGUUAAUGAGCUUAAAUUAUGGACGGCAUGUCUUGACCUGUCUUUUGACAUCAAUGUAGAGGGCGCACUUGAACAAAAGCUGGACGAGUGGAGAUAAUCGGGUGUUACGAGCGGUACGUGAAGGCGUCGUGAGCAUGCUGGCGCUAACAGCGGCAAAGGAAGUGCCGUUAUUCUCUGCCACGUCUGUAGGCUCCUGAAGCGGCGCAGCCUGCAGAGGCGGCAGGUCAGAGCACCGGGAUGAGCCGGUGCGUGGUGGUGGGGGGGAUGAGAGGGGGGCAGUGGGAGUGACCGAGGAAACGCGGAGGAGAGGAAGGAAAGAGGAAACACGUCGAGGCACAACACAGCGCUGAAAAGAGCUCCGACUUCUAGGAGCCACCGCUGUCUUCUGGAGGAUCCUUUCCUGCAGGACGUCUAUUGUCCGGACAGAGCCGCGGGGAAACCCAUGCUAAGCUCAGGGAGAAUGGAGGAAUUCGUAACCGAAGAGGAAGAGCCAUGGUACGACCAGCAGGACCUGGAGCAGGAUCUCCACUUGGCAGCAGAGCUGGGAAAGACUCUGUUGGAGAGGAACAAAGAGCUGGAGGACUCUCUGCAGCAAAUGUACAUCACCAAUGAGGAGCAAGUGCAAGAGAUCGAGUACUUGUCAAAGCAGCUGGAGGUUCUUCGGGACAUGAACGAGCAGCAUGCCAAAGUGUACGAGCAGUUGGACGGGACUGCCAGAGAGCUGGAACGCACCAACCACACGCUGGUGAUGGACAGCAAGUCCUCGCAGCAAAAGAUCGAGAGGUUAACGGGGACUAUUGAGACUUUGCAGAACCAGGUGGAGUCUCUGUCAGGGCAGGUGGAGCAACUUCGCUCCAUGGAGCAACUGCGGGUCAGGAGGGAGAAGAGAGAGCGACGCAAGACCAUCCACUCAUUCCCUUGCCUGAGGGAGCUUUGCACAGCACCCAGGUAUGAGGAUGAGUUUGUAGUGGGCAGGGCUGAAAGUUUUACUAUGGAAGCCAAGCGUCAGCCAUUUGAAGAAGAGAACCAGCACCUGAGGGAAGCGGUGUCGGCUCUGAGAGCUGCUGUCCGGGCCGAGAGGAGUCGCAGGGAAGGGGUGGAGAGGGAGUGCAACCUCCUGAUAUCGGAGUUCUCCCGGCUGCAGACACGGGUGCAGGAUGCUGAGAGCUGCCAGGCGAGAGUGCGGGAGCUGGAGGUGGAGCUGCAGGAGCUGCAGCAGCUGCGCCGAGCUCGAACUUUCCUCCUGAGCAGUGAGGAUGAUGGUGUGGCUCUUACCCAGACUGUCCUCAGUAUCACCCCGGAGACCGACACCUUUUUGGAAGUGGAGGACGCGGAGACGGGAGGAGGCGUCAGGGAGGAGACAGCAGGUGGAGGAGGUGUUGGAGGUGAGGCGUUACCUGAUUCCAGUCCUGUGAGGAAAAGCUGCAGCGACACGGCGCUCAAUGCCAUCGUGGCCCGGGAUGCGUCCGGCAGAAGGAGAGGCAGCUACGCUCUGCACGCCAAUAGCGUGAGGAAAAGAGGGAUGUCCAUCCUAAGAGAGGUGGAUGAGCAGUACCACGCCCUGCUGGAGAAGUACGAGGAGCUGUUGGGGAAGUGUCGACGACACGAAGAGAGCCUGUGUCACGCCGGCGUCCAGACUUCCCGGCCCGUCUCCAGGGACCCGUCUAUGAAAGACUGUGCCAUGGGCCCCAUCGUGGCACCUCCCCCUACUCCCACCCAAUCGCCGUCCACCCCUGAAGCCAUCGAGAGCAUCAGCAAACAGGUGGAGGCGGUGGAUAAGCGGCUGGGGCAGAACACUCCAGAGUACAAAGCCCUUUUUAAGGAGAUCUUCUCUCGUAUCCAGAAGACUAAGAUGGACAUCAAAGCUACCAAAGCUGCAAAAACUAGCAAACCUGGUAAAUCUGGUAAAUCUAGUAAACACUAAAUUUACACCGACUGGCUCUGGAGACGGUGGCAUCAUUGCUUGUUCAGUGUUAGGUUGCGAAGGUGCCCGGUACGAACAUUCUUACAGAGGGUGCUACUUUUAAAACCACUAAAUUGAAAUAUGGUUCAGGUUGACUGAGGUCACGUCAGACUCUCGUGAUCGAGAGUUGAAACCUUCUGAUUUGCAUGCGAUCAAUCUGCAAAAGUUGGAGAACUUAAGCAUAAAAACAUAAACAAUAUAAUUUCAGCCUGGUCCAAAGUCUAUUCUGGCUUCACUGCCUUACUAACUAUACUUAAAACACUAUUACACAGCUUGUGGGCCUGACCAGUACACCAAAAGCUAACGUUUCACAAAAACUAAUAAAACUGCAUAUCUGAGAGAAACACGAGUACAAAUCAAUGUCUGUCAUGUGUUGCUUUUAACAUAGAGAACUAAACUAGCAUUUCUGUGAUUAUAAUAAGACAAAGAUUGAUUCCUCACCUCACAAGCCGAGGAUGUCAAGGGUGACUGGAGGUGCUACUUUUACUAAUAUCUCUAGUCGCGUUAACUCUAGUGAAGCAUUUUUGUCUGGACGAGAUUCCUCCUUCCUGUGUGCGACCUUACUUUGGCUUAGUGGAAGUUUACGGGGCUUCGCCUUCAAUAGUUUGAGAUUUUGGGAGAGUGAUGAAAAGAUCCAUACCAGUGCUGUGUUUGUAUGUUAUUAAGCCACCGCUCAUUUAACAUAAACACUAACCCGACUCUUGUCAUAACAAGUUGUGGGUUUUGGGGAGCAAAAGUGUUGUGAAUGAAUAUAAUACAGAGAUUACUGACUGAUACUGGAUUAUUGUUGCUAAUACUAGGUAGUAAAAUGAUUAUCUUUAUACUGGGUUAUAUUCUUUAUCUUUCAGUCUUCUACAUUACUGAGUGCACUCAAAACCUAUAGCUGGCCAGUUGCCUUGCUAGCAGGUCAAAAGCAGAGAUGAGCACUAGUGAAAUGACAGUUACGUUGAAAGUGUUUGAAACAUUGGGGUCACUUUUUUUUUUUUUUUAAUUAAUUAUCAAGCAAUACAUUUCACACUGGCUUUUGUCCAGCUGACACUAACAUAGCUGGUAGCUGCCAAAAUCCAUUUAUAUAAGAUAAGAUUAAGUAACCAUUUGGACAACAUUGCAUAUAUCCACAGUUUGUAUGGCAUAGAUCAGCAUAUAUAUAACUAGUACUUGUUUAAGAUUUUAUUUGAACGUAACACGGUGCAGGUACUGCAGACAGGGUUUCUAGUAUGUGAUAAAACAUUAAAACAAAAAGGGCCAGAAGGGUCCAAAAUUGAGGCUGCAAAAGCAAGUCAGUCCCCCUAAACUCUGAUGGAAAAAUGCCCACCUCUGGAGGAAACGUUUACAAUUUGGUACUAAAACCCAUUUUGGUCUGCUCUUCGGCCACAGUGGAUCAUCUGCCUCGAUCUCUCACCCUGUCCCUAGCACCCUCUUCUGUCACACUAACCAUCUGCAUGUCCUCCGUCACUGCGUCCAUGAAUAUUCUCUGUGCUCUUCCUCCUUUCCAACCUGGCAGCUCCAUCUUCAGCAUCCUUUGUCCACUAUUACGCCUUUCUGUCUGUACAAACCUUAUCAGCCUUACCUCACUUAAAACCUGAGCUUUUCCUCUAAUUCACUCCCUUCCGAUCCUGUCCCCUCCUGGUCACCCAAAUAAAAGCUCUGUAUCUUCAACUCUGCUACCUCCAGCUCCACUGCCUGUCUUUUUGUUAUCAGCUUUCACUGUUACUGUUAUCUUCCUGUCACAAAUCUACUCACUCCACCUUCCCUGCACUCUCUUCUUCUCCUCUCGUGUGCACUCUGUUGCUUUGGAUGAUUUAAACUCCUCUACAUUCAAAACUCCUUGCAUCUUCACCGAUUCACCUGUCUCCCUUUCAUAAAAAAUAGCAUGACUUGCUGUUGAUUAAUUCUACUAACAGCUUGUGCACCUCCUUUGUUGAUUGAAGUGCUAGUAUUAUUAAUACUAUAUAUCUAA